AUGACCUUGUUUGGGGAGGAAGUAAAGGAUGAAGAUAGGGACAAAUGGAUUGUGUGGUUUGACGGCACGUCUUAUGCACUAAGCCAUGGAGUUGGGGCGGUUUUGGUUUCCCCUGACGAGCAAUAUAUACCUUUCACGGCUAGUUUAGGUUUUGACUACACAAACAACAUAGCUGAGUAUGAGGUGUGCGCCCUUGGGAUCCAAGCGGCAAUUGACUUCAAGGUCAAGUUGCUCAAGGCCUACAUCAGGAAGAUGAUAGAAUUCUUUGAUGAUAUAUCCUUUCAUCACAUUCCUAGAGAGGAGAAUCAGAUGGUCGAUGCCCUCGCCACUCUAGCCUCCAUGUUCCAACUAACCCUGCACGGGGAUUUGCCAUACAUAGAAUUCAGAUGUUGUGGCAAGCCUGCACAUUGCUGCUUGAUAGAAGAGGAGCAAGAUGGUAAACCUUGGUAUUUCGAUAUCAAAUGGUACAUCGAAGACAAGGAAUACCCACAAGAGGCCUCUGACAACGACAAAAGAAUGUUACAAAGGUUGGCAGCCAACUUCUUCCUGAGCGGAAAUAUCCUAUACAAGAGGAACCAUGACAUGGUGUUGCUCCGCCAAUACCUUUGA